UAUGACUAUGAUUGGGUUCUGACUAAUUAUAUUCCAAAUGAAUAUAAUAAAAAAAAUGUAGUAGUAUGGAAGUCUUUUUGAAACAUUUUCAAUGAGGCUGAAGUCAUGGCUGAGGAUAAAAUCUUUGUUUCUUUCACAUGCCAGAGAUGUUCACAAAGCUUAAAACUAGACGAUUCGCUAAAUUCGUUUAGUGAACACAUUUCUGCUGAGCUAAACUUACCAAUCCAUUCCAACAUUUCCAAUAUAGACCUAGACUUAGAAUCACAAGCUACAAGUUUCGACCAUUACAUCCCUCCGUGUAGAUUAUCUGAUUCGCGUAAUGGCACUAGUGGAUUUAUGCUUAUUUCGGAUGAAAACGAAGUGGAUUUAUUGAGUCAACAAUUUAGAGCUAAAGCAUCUCUGUUCGAUCAUUUAUCAGGUAUCUCUGAUAUUGAUCAUCCUCUGUGUGAUGAAUGCACUGAUUAUUUAAUAGAAAUUUUGGAACAGCAACUUGAUGUGACUCAGAAAGACUUGAACGCUUAUUGUGAGUAUUAUAAAGUGCUUCAAGCCGAAAAAGAUGAACUGAAAUUGACAGAGUUGGAAAAGGAGCUUCAGGAUAUAUCUGAUGACGAAGUGAGACUUCUAGAUGAACUAGAAGCCCUUGAGAAAGAAGAGCUUGAUUGUCUUGAAGCUAUAGCUGAAAAGGAGGAAAAUGCUAAAAAAAUAUCUCAAGAAGAAGACAGAUAUUGGAAGGAAUAUGUAAGACAUAAAAGAGAAUGGCUGAUGGCCGAAGAUGAGGGUAAAAGUCUGGAAUGUCGAAUUGGAGCGGCACAAGCUCACCUAGACAAACUAAGACGAACCAAUGUGUUUAAUGCAACUUUCCACAUUUGGCACAAAGGUCACUUUGGUACCAUCAACAAUUUUUGUCUGGGUACUCUCCCUUCAGCGCCAAUUGCUUGGGCUGAAAUUAACACUGCUUGGGGCCAAACAACUUUGUUAUUUUGCGCUUUGGCCAGGAAAAUUAAUUUGACUUUUGAAAGAUAUCGGCCAGUGCCUUACGGGAGUCAUUCAUAUAUUGAGGAUAUUAAGGUUAUUGGUGAGAUUAAGAAAAUACCUUUAUACGGUUCAGGAGGAACAAAAUAUUUAUGGGAUACCAAAUUUGAUAUUGGAAUGAUGGCUUUUUUAGAUUGUGUGCAACAGUUUACGGAAAAAGUUGAAGAGUUGGAAAAAAACAAUAAAGUUUUCAAGUUUCCAUAUAGAAUUUUUAAUGGGAAAAUUGAAGAUUCUGAUAAUAUCAAGUACACCUUGAGGGCGACAAUUAUUAGCGAAGAACAAUGGACUAAAGCCCUCAAAUAUUUAUUAACGGACCUUAAAUGGGGCCUUGCCUGGGUGGCUUCACAAUUUGAUAGCAAUGGAGAGGAAAUAUUACCUGUUCAUACUGUAGUUUAAGUAUACAAAUCAAAUUCAAUUAUUAAUUUGUACAGUGUAUCAUAGGAACCUAAUAAUUUAAUAAAAAUGUACUCUCUGA